AUGUCUUCACCUAAUGAUGAUGUGGAAAUGGAGAAAAUCGCCGAAGAUGAACUGUCCAAGCUUCAGAGACAGUUUCGUGUAAUGGAAAUAGACCGUGCGAAUGUGACGAGCAGUGUCCAACCAACGUUGAGAGUCCAAAGGAACAUCAUACGGACACUUACCACGGAGUUGGACAACAUCAUGACCGAAUUAAGGCUCACCAAAAGCACUUCAAACGUCUUAGAUAACGCUAAAGUAAGGGAAAAACUGAUAUCUCUUUUGAGAGAACACGAGAAAUGUUCCACCGAAGUGAAGGAGCAUCGCACCACUAUAAAUGAGUUAGAUUUUCUUUUAAAGCAAGUCCAGAAAGAAAUAAAGGCUCUGAGGUCUAAGGGUGUUGGAUUUGAAAAGGACUACGCAAGUACAUUGACCAACCAAACCAUUAUAAGCCAGCUUGAGAACCGCCUCAACACUGCUAUGAAGAAGUUCAACGCGGUCAACAGCGACAACUACAGCAUGCGACUCGAGAUCGAUCGCCUUCUUCGUGACCGUCAAUUCUUCAACAACAUGUGGAAAGGCCAAAUAAAGAGGUUAAUGGAGGGCAAAGCUCAGAUCCUUGAGCUGGUCGAGCAAGCCAUCACCACCUACGACCAGCGCGAGGAGUGGUGCGCCAAGCUGGACGCCUUGAAGGAGAAAGCUGCCAUGGAUUAUAGGAAGCAUUGCUUGGAAGUAAGAGAGCUACAACGUCAGCUAGACCACAGUAUGAAGCUAGAAGAGUUCCUUCGAACUAAAGGCACAGUGCGCCUCACUGCUGCCGAUGCGAAGGCAGAAGCGAAGAAGCUGGAACAACAAGAGCAAGAGAUACGAGCUUAUAAUAAUUAUGUUAACAUAUUGGAUGCUAUUAAGGAGUACACGGGCGAAGAAGACGUAGAUAAGCUGAUACAAGAGUUCACGCGACGUGAAGAAGAAAACUACGCGUUAUUCAAUUAUAUCAAUGAAGUGAAUACCGAGUUGAAACACCUCAGUGAUAAUGUGAAGAUGUUGAAGAACAAUAUUGACGAAGAGCACGCCAAGCACCAAGCCAAGCUGUACAAGCAGCAGGACAGCGUGGAGUCGCUCCGCAGCGCGCUGCGCUCGCGCCGCGACAGCGCGCGCGGCCUGCGCGCCGCCUGCGACCGCACCGCCGACGUGCUGGCCGAGCUCUUGCGGGAGGUGCAGGCGCUGGCUCUAUCAUCCGACUGCGACUCCCUGCCGCUGUUGAAACUACUGGGCAAGUCGUUAGACAUCAACACCACGAAUGCUCGUCUUUACAUCAAAGGCUUGGAGAAGAAAAUUGUAGAAAUGGUUGAACUUAUCAAAUUCGAUGAAUGUGUACAGAAGUACGCGGAGAGCAAGGAGCGCACGCCGCCCGCCGCGCGCCGCCGCCGCCGCGUCUCGCCGCGCCCGCCGCCCCCGGCGCCCCUGCUCGCGCACUCG